AUGAGUGAAACUGAUUGGGACAACAUUACAGUUAUUCGUAAACGUUCAGAUCAAGCAAAGGUUGCCAAAGGAGAUUCUAAUAUUAAUGCAGCUAGACGUGCAGGUGCUGUAGUAGGUGUAGAACGGAAGGUCGCAGGUGGAACUAAUAGAAGUCAUUCAAAUACUGAACAUCAAAAAAUAGCUAAACUUGAUCGUGACAAUGAGGUCGCACCACCUCCAAAGGUAAGCUUAACAGUUGGUAAGGCAAUUCAGCAAGCCAGACAAGCCAAAGGAUUAACACAAAAAGAACUUGGACAAAAAGUCAACGAAAAGGCUAAUGUUAUUAAUGAUUAUGAGAUGAGUAGAACAAUUCCAAAUCAACAAAUCCUUGCAAAGCUUGAAAGAGUCUUGGGUGUUAAAUUACGUGGUAAAAAUGUUAAAGGUGAUACUGGUGAUAACACACAAACACCAGAAUAUUUGGUAGUUAUAAUUCUAGAAGGCACUGAUCGUCUUAAAUGA